AUGCUUCGCAAUGGCAUUGUUGAUAUCGGAAGGACGCAGUCCUUGAACCGAGCGCUCGCGAAAGCACCGCGUGUAACGAGACUUGUAGGACGACGAGGCUAUGCCUCAGAGGAUGAAGGCAAGUCCUUCAAGGGCCAAUUGUACGACAGUACUGCUCAAAGGUUACAAAGGGAGAGGGCAGACCAGCUUCGCUUCGCCGAGAUGCGCGCUGCUCAGAAAGGCUCUGGGGGUUCACCUGUAUGGAUGGUGCCGCUCGGUAUCUUGUUCCUCUGCCAUGCUUCGUCCAAGAUACAACAAGCUCAUGUCUCGCANGUCUUGUUGACCGGUGCUAUUGGUGGCUAUAUCGCUGGCCAACAAGCUCCAGCCGACCCUGCCCCGAACUCGACGCUGCCACUCGCGGCCGCCCAUCCUCCCAAACACAAUAUCGCACCCACCAAUCUCGAGGCAGCGUGGACCGACUUCCGCGACAUUGUUGGACAGGAAAAUAUCUCGACAGAGGCCUCGGAUCUUAGCUCACAUGCAGGCUCUGAGUGGAGUUCGUAUCCCGCCCACCCUGGCGACCAGCCCUUCUGCGUGGUGAGGCCUGCUUCUACCGAACAAGUGAGUGAGAUUAUGAAAGUCUGCCACCGUCGCCGUAUCCCAGUCACACCAUACUCCGGAGGAACUAGCCUGGAAGGCCAUUUUGCUUCCACAAGAGGUGGUGUGUGCAUCGACUUUAGUCGCAUGGAUAAGAUCUUGAAGCUGAACAAGGAUGAUCUGGACAUAAUCGUUCAACCCGCUGUCGGCUGGGAGAGCUUGAACGAGGACCUGGCCGACCACAACCUCUUCUUUCCUCCAGACCCGGGCCCGGGCGCCAUGAUUGGCGGCAUGGUGGGCACUGGCUGCAGUGGCACGAAUGCUUAUCGUUACGGAACCAUGAAGGAUUGGGUUCUGAGCCUUACUGUCGUUCUCGCAGACGGAACCAUUAUCAAGACCAAGCAACGUCCCAGGAAGUCUUCGGCCGGCUACGACCUCACGCGUAUUUUCAUCGGGAGUGAAGGCACUCUUGGGCUGGUCACUGAAGCCACGCUGAAAGUUACCGUCAAGCCGCAAAACACAAGUGUUGCCGUUUGCACAUUUGCUUCGGUUAGNGAGGCAGCCAAUGCUGUAUUCAAGGUUGUAGGCGAGGGCGUGCCCAUCGCGGCCAUUGAACUGCUGGAUGACGUUCAGAUGCGAUGCAUCAACGACGCCGGACAAACCUCGCGCUCGUGGAAGGAAGCCCCUACUCUGUUCUUCAAGUUCAGCGGGACAGCCACCAGUGUCAAGGAGCACAUUGCAAUUGUUCAAAAGCUUGCCAAGUCUUCGGGCAGCAAGACAUUCGAGUUUGCUAAGAAUCAGGACGAGGCACUGGAACUGUGGAGCGCUAGGAAGGAAGCCCUUUGGAGCGUCAUGGCCAAGAAGCAGAAUGAUGGUGACCAUGUCUGGACUACGGACGUAGCAGUGCCCAUCUCUCGCUUGCCUGAUAUUGUCGAAGAAACCAAGGAAGCCAUUUCGAAAAGCGGCCUGACAGGAGCUAUUGUCGGUCACGUCGGUGACGGCAACUUUCAUGCCAUCAUCCUCUACAACGACAAGGAACACAGUCUCGCAGAAGACCUUGUACACCGCAUGGUCAAACGCGCCAUCGAGAUGGAAGGUACAGCUACUGGCGAGCACGGCGUUGGCAUGGUCAAGCGGGAUUACCUCGAGCACGAGGUCGGCCGCAGCACUGUCGAUUUGAUGAGAAAGAUGAAGCUUGCCCUCGACCCUCUAUGUCUGCUCAACUGUGACAAGGUCGUUCGCGUACAACAGCCAAAGCCUGGUGAGGUGCAAGAGUGGUAG